UGAAAGAGACUUCCUUCUUCUCCAAGAAGAAACCGAAGGAGAAAAGAUCUUGUUGCGAUUCAGCAUCAGAAGGAGUCCCCGCCAGGCAGUCAUGGGAAAGUGGCAGAGCAAACUGGCCCGCAACUCCUCUGCUUCCUCUAAGUACAGGGCUGCUACCUACAAUGAGGCGGAGAGGGCGCCCCCCACUGCGGCCCCAAAGGCCAGCCCGGCCCACCAGGAGGCCGUGGCUUCCGUGGCAUCCCUUGUGCCCAGGCUGUGUGUGUCGGGGGGAAAAGACAAGGCUGUGAUCGUGUGCAGCUGGUGCUCUGGCACUGUGGUUAGGAGGUUCGCGGGUCACGAGCGGGAAGUUACUAAGGUGUGCUGCCUCCCUGAGUCCAGCUGGCUUUUCAGCGCCUCUCGAGACAAGACGGCGCUGAUGUGGGACCUCCACGGUGGUUCUGAGGCAGCCCGGUGCUUCUCGGGGCAUCGUCUGGUAGUGACCGGCUUGGCUGUCAGCUCAGUCUUCCAGAAGCUCUGCACUGGCUCUCGUGACAACACUGUGCGUCUGUGGGACAUGGAGACUGGGCGCUGUCUAUCCAGGGCGUGCGUUUCUAGGAAUCUGGUAACACAUCUAAGCUGGGUUCCCAGAGAGCCGUACGUUGUCCAAACAUCAGAGGAUAAGACAAUUAGAAUCUGGGACAGCCGGGGGUUGCAGAUGGCAUGUGCUUUCCCCGCUAAGAAACACAUCCAGACUUCUUGCGACGUGAGUCUGGAUGGCCGCUACUGUAUCAGUGGCAGUGAUGGCUUUGAUGGCGAGGGGUGUGAGGCCACGGUGAGACUAACGGCGGAAGGGUCUCGCUGCAGAGCAAGGUUGAGGUGCAUGGUGGGCUUAGUUGUGCAGGAACACGUACGUGCUGCGAACGUAUUUGGCCGAUGCAGUUGCCCCGGUGGGGGUGCUGACAGUUCUGGGCUAGAACUGCAUCAUCCAGGAAAGCUCUGGGACCUCCGGCAGACAGGCCACAUGGUGUACGAGUUCAGAGGCCAUUCCCAAACCGUAGCCUCCUGCGUCUUCCUCUCUCAGGGCACCAGCGCCUUCCCGGCAAUAGCCACCGCCUCACACGAUUGCACCGUGAAGGUGUGGAGACAAGACACUGGAGCCUGCGUGGCCGGCCUGUGCCCCGCGGGAGCUGGGCCUUUGGCUUCACUGGCAGCCUGCGAGGACGCUACUCUCCUCUGCGCCAGCUCCAGCCCCGGGAUUCGUUUGCUGCAAUUCCACUCCGCACGAGGUUGGGAACUGCGGGAAGCGGCCUCGUUCUGAGCCAGAGACGCCAGUUCCGCAGAAAGGAAGGGGCCCAGGCGGCGGCGGCGGCGAGGCAGAGAGGGUCCAAGCGGUCGCCAACCCGAGGGGUCAGGCGCCCCACGCGUCUUUUUUGCGGGCCCCGAGUUCUGGCUUUGAGCGGAAGGACGCAGGAGGCAAGUCCGGCGGUGGAAACGGCAGGUCGUCUGCGCCGCGGCACCCGGAUCGUAGAGAGGCGGGACAAGGCACCAGGGUCCCGGAGAGCGCCCUGAGGUUUCUGUUUAUGGCACACUCCCAGUUUUUAAAAUGGAAAAGGAAAAAAAAAGCACCGCCGCUGAGAAAAGCACCAGCUGGGCUUUCGCUCCUCUCUUCCCCCUUGCCGUUAGCUGCACUUUCAGGAAACUCUAACAUGAGCAAAAUCUCUCUGCCGUCGCAGACCGCGAUUUAGGCGCUGGCUGGCUCCGAGGGCAGGGCUGAAGGAGUCCGACCUGGAAGCGACGGAGCCGGGAGCGGGAGCGGGUCCCACCGGCCCCGCGUUCCGUCGCCCGUC